UAAUCAACACACACAUACAAAAUUGUCAGCCUUCAGCAAUUUUUCAUUCUUGUGGCGUCUUCCGUUGUUCUGGUGCUUUGGGAGUUGUUACAGAUAGCACACGCUAAAUCAGCCUUCCCUCGUUGCUACUGCCGUCUUCUCUGCAUCCGCAGCUGAGCCACAUGCACACGAUGUGACCCUGAACCCGGAUAAAGGGCUGAAGUCAUCGGCAAAGCAGACGACCAUCUAUACUCGGCUGUUGACUGCACAAAUUAUGCAUGAUUGUGCACAUGCGAGCAAGCAUACAAACACGCUGUGUUUCCCCACAUCAGUGUGCAAGUAUAAAAGGCGUGGCCGGUAUAUAGACGUUCUCACCGCAUCAUUUAUUGCCUCCGGACACCGACGUGGUCGACAACCCACACAUUAUUGUUUUUCUGUAACGGUCGCUACUGAACCGCAACUUCCGGAAGACCCCAGCCACCCCCACCCGGGGCUUCCCCUUGCUGUUCGCCCCCAAGUCGCAAAUAGAAAAGCAGUGUUAUGGCAGCCAACCACGGCUACGCGGAAAGCCUCAAGGAGGCAGAAGCUCCCCCACCCUACAAUGCCACUGACUCCAGGCCUAAUGCAGAGCUACCUUCUUAUCAAGAUGUUCAGAACAGUACUUUUGAUGGUGCCCCGCCUUCUUAUGAAUCCCUUUUUGGGAAGAUCAAAGCAACAAGGCAAUCAUCAAAAGGAUUUUGCGAUUUCCUAAAGAGUGUUUUUGCACUUUUGAUAGGAACAAUUGGAUUUACAAUAUUUCUGGCCUUCAUGCUUGCAAUCCCCAUUGCCAUGAUUGUGAUGGGUGCAAAAUAUUUGGGAGACUGCCCAGCAGAACGUUACAUUCCCAUCUACCUGAUUGUUGCGGGCUGCUUUAGUACUGCCAGAAAUCUGAGUGCCAUUGGACGCCGCUGUAAGGCCAAGAUGGAAGGACAAGAUGCAGAGGAAGAGAACAGCAGGAAGAUUAACUUCCUAGAAACUGUUGUUGACUGCUUCAUGAUUGCCUGGUUCAUAGCAGGCAAUGUUUGGAUCUAUCGUACGAAGCAUAAAUUCAGCACCAAUCCAGAAGCAGACAACUUCUGCGACCCUGUGCUGUAUUGGUUUGCUUUCUGGGUGACCACAGCUAUGUACAUGUUGAUGGGAUGCUGUUGUGCUGUUGGAUGCUUUGUUAUUUGUAUACUAUCACUUAUACCUACAUAAUAUGAAUGAUAUUUUUGUCUUUAAAGAUGUUCUCUCUUGCCUCUGGCCCUUCAGCUGCUUUUUGCUUUCUUUCACUUCGCUCCUCUAUCUGUCUUCUCUUUUCACUUCUCUUUCUUUAUCUUUUUCUCUUUAUUUAUACACACACAUGUGCAUGGAUAAUAGCUCUUUCCAUGCCUUGUCCUGUCUGCACUUUAAAUAUCAGUAAGGGCUCAUAGGAAAAACAUUUAUAAAAUGUAGUUUUAUGCCAACAUGCAACCCACGAUUCCAUGUAUCAGGAAUAUUGGACAUUUUUAUCUCAAGUCAGCCAGCUUAUUCAGAAUGCUGAUGCACUAUAGUAUUAAGAAGUGACAAUAAAAUGUGGCAUAUGAUAAAUGUUUCAGAGUAUUUUGAUCAAUUUUACUGUGAGCCUUAUGAACUUUACAGGUACAUGGUACCAUGUUCAAAUAUCUACAGUAGAUGUGUAUUUUUGUUGGAUCAAAAACAUGUGUUUCAUAUUAGAUACAAGAAAUUAGUACAAUUACAAAUAACUGAAAAACAAAUUUUAUAUUUUAGUUUAUACAUUUCUACCUUUAGGUUGUUAUUUACAAUUGGAGGUGGUGCAGUAUUGAAAUUUUGCAGAAAAUGGAAAUGCUUAUGAGCUGUUCUAUGAUUGGUGGUUCUUUGGGUUGAUUACAGUAAGGUCAUUCAUUGUGAUAGUAUUUCUCUUUUUCUACCAUGAUUGGUGGUUAUUGGGGUUGAUGACACUAAGGUUAUUUAUCAUUUUAGUGUUUCACUUGUUUUACUAUGCUCCACUGUUUACUGUACUCCACGUGUAUUUUACUUGUGCUUGAUAUUUUACAACCUGUAUAUAUCACUUCUAUUUGUUUUCCAUUUAUGCAUCAUUUUGCUGCAUUUGCGUUUCAGUCACACAUUUUCAAUAGCAGGGCCUUUGUUUUGUACAGAAUUUUGGUCAAGAAUUCUCAUUUUUCAUAAAUUGUUUUGAAUGAUGGCUGCAGAUAAUUUGGGGUUGUUUUUUUUUUCCCCCACUUCCUAAGAGUUCUGUUAUCUAUCCUAGUUUUCUCAUAAGAUGAGGGACUCAAAGCUGAUGCACCUGCUCAAGAUUCUGUUACUGUCAUUAGCCUUUGUAAAGCAGAAUUAUCCAUGUUUUUGAAUGUCUCUGAAGUUAACCUUUUUCAAAUGAAUUUUUAUAUACAAUUUUUAAGUGAUAUAUUUUGGCUAUAUUUGUAAUGAACUCAACUUACAUUUUCACAAAAUGUCAUGUAUUAUCAUUUCCUGUAUAUUUUUUCCACUAGAUUUCAGCCUUAUACCAUUAUGAGCUUUAAAUCUAAAAUAACAUGUUAGGGUGACAUCUGGCAUCCCUUCAUGCUUGACGAUUUAUAGAUCUAUUUUCUAGGUUGAUCAGAAUAAAUAUAGAUAUUGUUUUAAUGUAUUACAUACUGAUAAUGAUGAUGGUGCCCUUUUGCAUGAUAUUUUGGAAAGCUUAUGCUGGGCUUUUGCAAAUUUUCUUCUGCUUUAUCUAGUGCACAGAUAUUGGCUAAAGAGCUUUAAGAGAUAUUAAGUUUUAGAUGCAUCUGUAUGUAUUAAUAUCUAACAGUUUAUGUCCUGCAACAAACAGCAUCUUGAAGGAUCUUUUUGUGGAUCUGAAUGCAAACGCGCUUUGCCUUUUUCCAUCAGACCAUACCAUGCACAAUGCCUUGUAUAUGUGUGUGUGUGUGUGUGCGCGCGCACGCUUGAGUGGACAUGAAUCUUACAAACCUAUGAAUACAUGGAGAUGUUGUGUAUGCGUUUUCAAGCUAAUAGCACAAGGCCUGCUUUUAACUAAAAUGGAUAUUAUGAAUAUAAGCAAAUGCCACUGGAUUGGCAAUAGCUCUGGAUUGGAGGUUCAUAGCCAUAUCUUAAAAUUUACUAAAUCAUUAUUCUUUAACUGCUGAAAAACCUUGCCAAAAGUGCAACAGCUGAUGUAUGGAACUACAAUGGAAACUACUUCUCAUCUUACAUUCUUUUGUGUUCUUUACUUUUGGUGCGUUUAAAUGCACAUUUCUGGAAGGGGAGAGCAGGGUUUUUAAUAUUUCGUAAGCAGGAGCUGCCUGACAACCCACAACCAUGUGUACUAGUUGGAUUCCUUUUAACAAAGUGCUAAGGAGUCAGACUGUUGUCAUUUUGGCCAGCAUUAGAGCAAUUAUAAUUUUUACCUGAUAAUCUGUAAGAAGAAACAGCAGUAGCAUGUCAGUUUAGGAAAAGGAUAUAUCUAGACCUGUCCUAUAAUAAUGUAAGAUUUGUAUAGCACCUACACUUGUAAGAAGCAUGCUCAUAGCACAUAACAAGAACGAGACAUGGAGAACAUACAAGGGACAGAAGAAUUAACCACCUGUGGUACUGAUCUCACGUGGCAGACUGACAGAUAUCUUCAACUUGUUUAUCAAGAGUCCUGUCUGCAGCAACAAUUUCAGAUUCCUGACAGAUGACACAAAGCUGAUGGUUUUACCCACCUUGUCAUUUGGACAAAUGAGUGAAGGUUGAUUUCUUCUCGAGCAUAGAAAGGCUUCCGUUUUAUCGAGUGUUUUUUUACCAUAAAGUCCUUGACGUUGGUAAUGCUGGCUUCUAUAGUGCUAGUAGAUGAGUGAGACUCAGGUGAAGUGGAGUGGCACAGUUGCAUGUCGUUAGCAUAUGAUUGAUGAGAAGCCUGGUGAGACUUGUUGCAUGAUGAAAAUGGUUUAGAAAUUAACAGAACUGGUCCCAGUACUGAGCCUUGAGGGACACCACAGGCAAUUAGCACUGAUGGUCAGUGUAAGAAAAUAAAACGGAAAGAGCUAUUUAGAUUUUCAAUUUCUUGAGCAGCAUCAGUUACCUUGAAGUUCAUCUUACAGACAUUAAGCUUGUGCUUCUCCAUGCAUGCUGGUAGCACCAAGGAUUUUUGUCUUUAAAUGUGUAUGCCUUGUAACCUUUUAUUGUCAUGAUUGGUUAAGGUGAUGAUAACUGUAAUCUUUGUGUAUAUCGGGCAAAUCUAUGUAAAUACUUUAGUGUAUUAUUGUUGUGGUUUCAUUUUUUAAAAACUUUUCAGCGUUUUGUUUAAAGGAGCAAGUGAAUGUUAUCAGUUAUGCAAGGUCAAGUUUGUACAAGGAUGAACCUAAUUAGCAUAUGGUCCUGGCGUUUGACUACAGCUUUCACCCAAUAUCUGUAUUUUUUUACGUGUUCAUUUAGCUGGUAAUGUUUGUAGGUAUCACCUAAAUAUUUGGAAAGUUAUCUUCUACCAAAUUUUACCCAAUCAUUAGGAAAAAAGUGUACCCACUAGUCCUAUAUGUUAAGUGCACUUGCCAUUAAAAAUGUGUUUCUGCUGCUGUA